AUAAACGGCCUCCCCGCACCCUGCUUGUGUGCGCUCCCUGGGAGCGCGCAGCACCGCGAUCCGGUGCCCGCUGUGUCCUCCGGACACAGUGAAACACCGAUCGUCGGGCGGGACCUCUGUACGAGGUCCCGAUCAUUGAUCACAUGCAAAGUAGUAAGCAAAGUAGUAAGCAAGAUGUCACUUCUGACAUCAUUGCUUACUAUGUGUGAAAUCUGUGAAUGAUCACAGAGGUCACAUGGUACAAGGCUAUUCACAAAAGCCUUGUACCAUGUGACAAGCUGUGACCAAUCACAGCUCAC